AUGGGAGAGGAGAUACGGUUGAAUCCAAAUAUGACAAGUACAAUUUGUAUAGAUAUUCCAACUUAUGUAAAUUCCAAAGGUUUAUGGGUUGAUGACUCUGAAUGGUGGUUGAAGCCAUCUUUGCCUCUUCUUGAGCUUCAGUUGAUUGUGUUAUCCUUCUCCUUGGCAAUUACAUAUUUCUUUCUCAAGCGUUUUGGUAUCUCCAAGAUUUCCUGUCAAAUUCUUGUCGGGUUGGCAUUCGGGUGGUCAUGGAAUGAAGGGGAGGAGGCAAAACUACAGCAUUUGAAUGUGGGGAGUCAAGAUGUGUUAGUGUUACUAGCAAAUUUUGGGUAUACAUUGUACAUAUUACUAACUGUAGCAAAAUAUGAUUUAAAAAUGACAAUAAGAACCGGAAAAGCUUCAUUAAUCAUUGGCAUGUCAGCCUUGUUACUCCCUCUAAUCAUACAGACAUUGGUAGAAAGUAUGGCUGUUGAAGAGUGGGAAUUAACAGAGAUACAAAUAGGAUCCCUCCCCUUGUUGAUUAGCUUUCAUGCAACAACUUCAUUUCCUGUUGUUGCUUCACUUGUAAAAGAGCUUCAUAUUAUGAACUCAGAAUUGGGGCGUUUAGGUCUUUCAUCUGCCUUGGUCAGUGACAUUUUUGGUACAUUCAUUAUGAUCAUAAAAGGGCAAAUCCUACAGUACCGUAUAAACCCUUCACUAAUGUCGACUGAAAUAGGUGUCUAUAUAAUGCUCAUACUUGUGGCUUUGUUUGUGUUAAGACCUGCAAUGCUUUGGAUUAUCAAACACACCCCUCAAGGAAUGGCUGUGAAGAACUGUUACAUUGAAGGAGUUAUUUUUGUAACUCUUUUGUACACUGUUUUGGAGACUUUUACAGGUCAUGCUUGCAUUAUAGGAGCUUAUGUUUUGGGGUUGGCCAUUCCUGAUGGAGCUCCUUUAGCAUCAACACUUGUGAAUAAAAUUGAGUGCCUUGUUGAAAAUGUUUUUAUGCCUAUUUUUGUCACUACCUGUGCUUUGAGAGCUGAUUUGUCAAAGAUUUCAUCCACUACGUUUGAUGUUGUUUUCACUAAAUUGAACGUAACUCUGCUUUGUGUGGCCUGUACUGUCAAAUUAGUAGCUUCUGUUUCGUCUUCUAAGUAUUGCAAGUUGCCCUUCAAGGAUGCUUUGGCACUUUCUCUUAUCAUGUGCUCCAAAGGUCCUGUGGAAUUGAUUACCUACACAAUGUCCACAGACUACAAUGCUGUCGACCGUGAGCUUUUUGGAUGCUUCGUUGUUUACAUAUUGUUGUUUGCAACCAUAGUGCCAAUUGGAGUUAAAGGGUUGUAUGAUCCUUCAAGGAAAUAUGCUGGCUACCAAAAUAGAAACAUCAUGCAUUUGAACCGCUUCAAUGAUGAGCUUAGACUCCUUGCCUGCAUUCACCAACAUGAAAACGUUAAUGCCAUUAUUCAUCUUUUGAAUCUUUCGUGCCCUACAAUCGAGAACCCAAUUAUUGUUCAUUUAUUCCAUCUCAUCGAGCUACCAGGUCGAUUCGCUCCCAUCUUCAUUUCACACAAGCGUCAGAACAACCCCUUCGACAAGCGCUCCUACUCCCGACACAUCAUUCAUGCCUUUGAUAAGUUUGAGAGAGAGAAUGAUGGGACAGUGUAUGUUGAAUGCUUCACUGCUGUCUCACCAUGCACGGUCAUGCACAACGAUGUAUGCACAUUGGCACUUGACAAGACUGCAUCAUUUAUAAUACUUCCUUUCCAUAUAACAUGGACCAUGGAUGGUUACAUCGAAAGAGUUGACAACAACGUCAGGAUAUUGAACUACAACGUCCUCAAAAGAGCUCCUUGUUCAAUUGGCAUCUUCAUCGACAGAGGAAAAUUAGAACAUAUCAGAGCAAGAAUGUCGUCAUCGAGAAUGACAAGUAGUUACUCAGUGUGUGUUAUUUUCCUGGGAGGGAAGGAUGAUAGGGAGGCACUAUCAUAUGCUAAACGUAUGGUAAAGGACUUGAGAGUGGAGCUAACAGUGCUUCGACUGAAGGCACCGGAAGAUUACCAAAAUAGAUCAAAGUUACAUAACAGUUGGGAAUAUAUAAUGGAUGAAGAAGUUGUUAAAGAUUUUAAAGGAAAGUGUUUGGGAGAUGAGAGAGUUGUAUAUGAAGAAGAGGUUUGUGGAGAUGGACAAGAAACAGCAUUCUUACUUAGAAAAGUAGUAGAUAUGUUUGAUCUAAUGAUAGUAGGAAGAAGAAAUGGUUUAGAAACACCUCAAACUGAUGGUCUCAACGAAUGGAAUGAGUUUCCAGAGCUUGGACAUUUGGGAGAUUUGAUCGCCUCAAGUGACAUCAACAAUGGAACUUCGUUGUUGGUAAUACAACAACAACAAAUCUCACAUGACACUUCCAAGUAUAUUCGUCUUUAGGAUAUACAUAUGAGAAAA